UUUGCUUGGAAGCGAGACCUAGUUUUUUGUGCGUUCUCUACGAACCUCUGGGCAUGAGUGUUUCCACCGUUAGCAGUAUCAUCAAAGAAUCUCUUUUUCUGCUGCAGAUUCAGAUUGCGGCUGGUGAUGGUUUGCCGAAUUGGAUAUGCAGCCGGUGCAAAGAGCUUCUGUACGCCGUUUACCGAUUCAAACGGACGACACACCAGACCGCUGCUCGUUUGGCACAGUAUAGGCCGCACAGUGGGACAGUUUCCGAGCCACUGGAAUGCGCCGAUGUUCAGCAGGAGAAUCUUCAACCAAUCGAGGAGGUGGACUUUGAUUCGACGAUCGAAUUCCUAUCAUCAGCGGGCUCAGCCGUGGACGAUGAAGAGCUUCCAUAUCUACAGCAGCAGCUCUUGGUGGAAGAGAAUGCAUCCGCCGGCGACGAUGACGGUGUAGAUACCAACCAUUUGGACGACGGUUCGGAGUCUGAAAUCACCUUAAGCCUUAAGAUGGAGAUUCUGACUCAACCGCAACGGAGACCACCCCGGUGCCCGAAGUGCGGUGUGCAGACGUCUGCCUUGUCCGUCCACCUGUGCUCGGACUCGAACGAACGUCCUUACCAGUGCACCGAGUGUGAGAGAUGCUUCACCACGGUGAAAAGCCUCCGAGUCCACGUCGUGACGCACGAGUUCGAACGGCAGCACGUGUGCUCGAUUUGCAACCGGGCCUUCCACUACCGCUGGUCACUGGCCAAACACCUGCGUACGCACACCGGUGAAAAACCGUUCCCGUGCCAGCACGAUGGCUGCCCGAAACGGUUUGCCAGUUCGUCGAACCUUCGGCAGCACGAAAAGGUACAUAUUCGCCUUGACCAAUGGGAGUAUAUGUGUGACAUGUGCGGAGUCCACUUUACGAACCGAAACGGGUUGGAAAGCCACCGAAAGUACAAGCACAAGUAGUGAAUGGGGACCGAGGACACGUCGUCCUUGUGGGCAGAA